AGCAAGAAAAAACAGACGGUGCUCUUGAUCUGGAUCUGCUUUUCUUCCUAUAAACAAAACAUGGGGUUCCACCCUCUACAAUCCCAAAACAGAUUAUCCCCUGUUCUGUUCCCUCAACAAUGCCUGCAACCUUAAGGAAUCUCCUUCUCUCUUCCAACAUCUUCUCCUUCACCUUGUUCCUAUCAAUAAACUCAAUAUGUUUCUCUUGUGUAUCCUCCAUUGAUGUACAGGGCCAAGCUCUUCUAGCAUGGAAAAACAGCAUCAAUACCUCCACAGAUGUUUUAAUCUCAUGGAGUCCUUCAGACCCAACUCCGUGCCAGUGGUUCGGGAUUCAUUGCGACUCGAACGGCCAAGUCACCGAAGUGAGCUUGAAGUCAUUGGACUUGCAAGGCUCAUUGCCUUCAAACCUUCAGGCCCUCAAGUCCCUGAAGACCCUUGUGCUUUCUUCAACCAAUCUCACAGGCUCGAUCCCUAAGGAAUUUGGAGACUACCAGGAGCUCCGCUUGAUCGACCUCAGUGAUAACUCGCUCUCCGGCACAAUCCCAAUAGAGAUAUGCAGGCUUAGCAAACUCGAGAGCUUAUGGCUGAAUUCAAAUUUUCUAGAAGGCGAGAUUCCUGCCAACAUUGGGAACCUCUCGAGCCUGACGUAUCUGACACUCUUCGAUAAUCAGCUGAGCGGUGAGAUACCGAGGAGUGUCGGAGCGUUGAGCCAGUUACAAGUUCUCCGAGCUGGAGGGAACGAGAACCUAAAGGGCGAGCUGCCUUGGGAGAUUGGGAACUGCACCAACUUGGUGAUGCUAGGCCUUGCGGAGACCGGCAUUUCUGGGAAUCUUCCUUCAUCAAUAGGAAUGCUCAAGAGGAUUCAGACACUGGCUAUUUACACGACUCUGUUAUCAGGCCCCAUCCCUGAGGAUAUAGGAAACUGCAGUGAGUUGCAGAAUCUAUAUUUGUAUCAGAAUUCAAUCUCUGGCUCAAUUCCAAGGCAAAUUGGAAAACUCAAGAAGCUGCAGAGCCUACUUCUGUGGCAGAACAGCUUGGUGGGUACGAUUCCUGAUGAGCUUGGAAGCUGCACCGAGCUCACGGUUGUGGACUUCUCGGAGAAUCUCUUGACUGGCAGCAUUCCGAGGAGUUUCGGGAAUCUCUUGAAACUUCGGGAGUUUCAGCUGAGUGUUAACCAGCUAUCAGGUGCCAUACCUCCCGAAAUCACAAACUGCACUGCUCUGACUCAUUUGGAAGUGGACAACAAUGGAAUUACCGGCGAAAUUCCUAGUCUAAUCGGGGAUUUAAAGAGCUUGACCCUUUUCUUUGCCUGGCAGAAUAAUCUCACAGGCAGUAUCCCAGAGAGUCUCGCUGAGUGUGAUGGCCUCCAGCUGCUCGAUCUUUCUUACAAUCGCCUUUCGGGGCAGAUACCGAAAGAGAUAUUUGGGCUGAGGAAUCUCACGAAGCUGCUUCUACUUUCUAACGAUCUGUCUGGUUUUAUACCGCCUGAUAUAGGAAACUGCACGGCCCUGUACAGAUUGAGGUUGAAUGAUAAUAGGCUCUCUGGUACUAUUCCAUCGGAUAUUGGGAAGCUAAAUAGCUUGAAUUUCCUUGAUUUUAGCAACAAUAGGCUGGUGGGUCAGAUUCCUCCAGCAAUAUCCGGGUGUGGAAAUCUCGAGUUCAUUGACCUCCAUGCAAAUGGCCUCACAGGGCCGCUGCCGGACUCAUUGCCCAAGAGCUUACAAGUCUUGGACAUCUCGGGUAACCGGCUUACAGGCCAACUUGAUCAGAGCAUUGGUUUGCUCACUGAACUGACGAAGCUCAACUUGGGCAAGAACCAACUCUCUGGGAGAAUUCCAGGGGAAAUUUUAUCUUGCAGUAAGCUUCAGAUGCUUGAUAUUGGAGGGAAUGGCUUCUUCGGCAGCAUUCCAAAGGAAUUAGGCCAAAUUUCAUCACUCGAAAUCUCUCUCAAUCUUAGCUGCAACCAACUCUCUGGUGAACUCCCUCCCCAGUUCACUGACCUCACCAGGCUAGGGGUCCUUGACCUCUCACACAACAAGCUCACAGGAAAUCUCAACAUUCUGGGCAAUCUUGAAAACCUUGUUUCCCUCAAUGUCUCCUUCAACGACUUCUCUGGUGAAUUGCCCAACACCCCGUUCUUCAGAAAGCUCCCCUUGAACAACCUUGCCGGUAACCAUGGCCUCUACAUUUCUGGGGGGCUCGUGACUCCGGCCGAUGGCAAUGAAUCUGCAACUCGAGCAAGAUCGGCUGCAAAGCUGGCGACGUCGAUCUUUGUCAGCAUUAGCGCAGUACUCGUGCUACUCGCGAUCUAUGUUCUAGUCCGUGGCCAUAUGGCCAACAUGGGUCUCAAGGAAGAAGAGACCUGGGAAAUGACUUUGUAUCAGAAGCUCGAUUUGUCGGUGGAUGACAUUGCAAAGAAUCUGACUUCGGCCAAUGUAAUCGGUACCGGAAGCUCCGGAGUCGUGUACCGGGUCAUGAUCCCGAGUGGGGAAACGCUUGCUGUCAAGAAAAUGUGGUCAACCGAAGAAUCGGGAGCUUUCAGCUCGGAGAUCCGGACGCUGGGUUCUAUCCGGCACAAGAACAUAGUUAGGCUUCUCGGUUGGUGCUCGAACAGGAAUAUGAAGCUCCUGUUCUAUGAUUACCUUCCCAAUGGGAGCUUGAGCUCUCUGCUUCAUGGCGUUGGGAAGGGAGGAGCAGAAUGGGAGGCUAGAUAUGAGGUUGUGCUGGGUGUGGCUCAUGCCUUAGCCUACUUGCAUCACGACUGUGUUCCUGCAAUUUUGCAUGGCGACGUGAAGGCCAUGAAUGUGUUACUGGGUCCAAGGUUUGAACCAUACUUGGCUGACUUUGGUCUGGCCAGGACUGUGAAUUCUGAUGAUGAUGAUGGGAUGUCGAAACCAAGUCAAAGGCCUCAGCUUGCUGGUUCGUAUGGAUACAUGGCUCCUGAACAUGCAUCGAUGCUGCGCAUAACAGAGAAGAGCGACGUCUACAGCUUCGGAGUGGUUCUUCUGGAGGUUUUAACCGGGAGACACCCGCUAGACCCAACACUGCCCGGGGGUGCGCACUUGGUUCAGUGGGUCCAUGACCAUCUAGCAAGCAAGUGGGACCCAGUCGAUGUCCUCGACUCGAAGCUUAGAGGGAGAGCUGACCCGGCGAUGCACGAAAUGCUGCAGACACUCGCCGUCUCAUUUCUCUGCGUGAGUUCUAGAGCGGAUGACCGCCCGAUGAUGAAGGAUGUUGUCGCUAUGCUAAAGGAAAUCCGGCACGUGGAGCCGACGAGGCCAGAGUCCGAAAUGUCAAAAGGUUUGCCAGCCAUCUAUUCAUCUCCACCUCAGCCAAGGCACGCAGUGUCCCAAGGAUCAUCCAACUGCUCAUUUGCUUUCUCUGAUGAGUAUUCCAUUUAGUGAUAUUUAACCAUCAAGCCUUUCUCUGAUGACUAUUCCAUCCAGUGAUAUUUAACCAUCAAGCCUAGUAAAAGGCAUUGGGUUUUCAUGCUUGUGAAUAUCUCUCUAGGAAAAUCACCAGGUGAAAGAAGGAUAGUGCAAAAGAGUUGUAGUCUGAUUUGUUUCUAAUUUCCAGUUAAAAUGGUUAUCUGUUAUAUA